AUGAAUCCAGUCGCUCAGAUGCUGCGCCUGCGCAGCGCCACCGCCUUGGGCAGCGCGGCCAAGCGCUCCAUUUCGACCAACCGGGGCGAGCGGACCACGAGUACCGCCAGCGCGCAGCAGGAGCGGACGCAGGGCGUCAGCGAGACGGACAAGUUCCUGCACUACAGCGCCGAGGACGGCUACUACAAGACCUCGCCCUUUGACCCCGUCAUCGUGCCCAACGUGCCGCUCCACGAGUACGUGUGGCGCGACUUCAAGAAGUGGGAGCGACGCACCGCCGCGGUUUGUGUGAUCACCGAUCGUCAGUAUACUUUCGCCCAGAUGCGAGAUUCCAGCGCCGCCUUCGCCGUCCGUCUGCAGACCAAGUUCAAGCUCCACAAGCCCGAUGUUCUGGCCAUCUGUCUGCCGAAUCUCCCCGAAUACCCCAUCGCCACAUUGGGCGCCAUUGAGGCGGGCCUGACGGUGACCACCGUGAAUCCCGUUUACACGCCGGACGAGAUCGCCAGGCAGCUGACCUUUAGCGGUGCCAAGUUCUUGGUGGGAACGGUGUCCGGAUUUGCCACCCUAAGCCAGGCCAGCAAGCUGGCGGGCAGGCAGAUUCCCAUCGCCGUGGUGAGGACCAGUGCGGAGGAGAUCCUGCCCGAGGGCGCCAUCGAUUUCAGCGAGCUGACGAGCACCCAGCAUGUGAGAUACGAGGACUUGAAGUCCCCCAAGGAGGCCACCGCCGACGACAUGGUCUUCCUGCCCUUCUCCUCCGGAACCACUGGCCUGCCCAAGGGCGUGAUGCUCUCGCACAACAACAUCACCAGCAACUGCGAGCAGGUGCAGGCCUCCCUCAUCCUGGACCUCAUGGGUCCCCAGGAGACGCUGCCCGGCGUCCUGCCCUUCUUCCACAUCUACGGCCUGACCGUGGUGAUGCUCUCCAAGCUGGGCCAGGGCUGUCGGCUGGCCACCAUGCCGUGCUUCAAGCCAGACGACUUCAUGCGGUCCCUGGACAAGUACAAGGGCAGCAUCCUCAACCUGGUGCCACCCAUUGCCCUUUUCAUGAUCAACCACCCCAAGAUGACUCAGGAGACGGCUCCCCAUUUGAAGGUUGUGAUGAGUGGAGCCGCUCCCAUUGGCCAGCACGAUGUGGAGCGCUUCCUGAACAAAUUCCCGAAAGCCGUCUUCAAGCAGGGAUACGGCAUGACCGAGGCCUCACCCGUGGCCCUCCUGACGCCGGAGGGCAACAAGGUCUACGCCUCCACCGGAGUGCUGCCGGCCAGCACGGAGGCCAAGAUCGUGCCCCUGGACGGCGGCAAUGCCAAGGGCGUGGGUCCACGCACCACCGGCGAACUGUGCAUCCGUGGUCCCCAGGUGAUGGCUGGCUAUUUAAACAACGAGGAGGCUAACCAAGUCACCUUUUAUCCGGGCAACUGGCUGCGCAGCGGCGAUGUGGCCUUCUACGAUGAGGACGGUCUCUUCUACAUCACCGACCGCAUGAAGGAGCUGAUCAAGGUGAAGGGAUUCCAGGUGCCGCCAGCUGAACUGGAGGCAGUGCUGCGCGAUCACCCGAAGAUCCUGGAGGCGGCCGUAUUCGGUAUUCCCCACGAGCUCAACGGCGAGGCUCCGCGGGCCAUUGUGGUCCUGCGCCAGGGAGAGAAGGCCAGCGCCGAGGAAAUCUCCGCCUACGUGGCCGAACGGGUGGCCCACUACAAGAAGCUCGAGGGCGGCGUGAUCUUCGUGGACGAGGUGCCCAAGAAUCCCACCGGCAAGAUUCUGCGCCGCGAGCUCAAGGAAAAGUUCUCCGACUAGAAGGGAUCUUCAUAGGUUAAGACAUAUUAUUUGUGAUUUUUUUUUCGUUCGUCUCAAUCGGGGGUGGCCCAUAGACUCCUAGAGAGCUUCAAGCUGUCUGCUCCUCAGAGAAAGACCAAGCCUAUGGUCCAACUUGAAGAGCUCUAUCGGUUUGUGGCAACACCCCGCAGAACAUGUAUGUACAUGAUAAACAUCAAUGUUGGCCCUGGAUCCACCCUGAUCCCUGGGCACUGGUUUAGACAUUGCAUUUACCAAUUCGAAAAUAUUUAGUUCUUAGGCUUAGGCAUAGGUCUCGAUUAGUCGCUCGAUUGGUCCAUAGUUAGUAAGUGUAGAUUAGACAGACGUUAGACCCUAUCCAUAAACAUAUACGUAUAUAUAAAGAGUAAUCUGUAUGCUUGUACUCCAACCUUUGAUAAUACUUAAUGCAGAAACCCGAUAUUUUACUAUGAUAUACCCUAUAUACAUAUAUAUUUUUUUUUGCCUAGUACUGUAAGAUAAUUGUUUGUUAAACGUAUUGAAAGACGGCGGCAUGCCAAAUCCAUUACUAUAUAUGCCAUGUAUGCCACAAUGUUUGAAAAUAAAGACGAUAUGAACUA